AGAUACUGUUAUAUUUAUAUUCAACCCUGUAAUUCAUUGAUUUCAAUCAAUUUGAAAACGAAAAAGACAACAUGAAGCCAACGCUUACUUGCAACGUAUGUAACAAAGUUUUCCAAACUCGCUUCAACUACAAUAGACACCUUUCCCGUCACACAGAUGUCAACCAGCACCAAUGUGAUAAGUGCGGUAAAGUAUUUGCAAGGCAUGACAAUUUUGUUCGACACCUUAACAACAAGCAUGGUAGUGAAAAUAAUGCGCAAAGUGGGUAUGGUACAGACCAAGUAGAUGAACCUACAACCAAGCGACAGAAGUUAUCUAACAAUGGGCGUGAUUUUUAUCAAGUCACAGAUAUGACGGAAGUUGAUAUGAAAAAAUUCAAGACGAAAGCAAUCCAGUACACCGUUAAAUUCAACGACGAUUUAGAUAUUCAUGAUUCAACUACCGUCCUAAUUACGCUGCAUAAAGUUUUUCAGAGUCUCAUCAACACCUUGACGGAUGGAGCUCAUCCCGAUGAUCUGAUUCGUAUGGUGGUAGAGUGUCCAGAAUUAGAUUAUCCGAUACAACUUCCAUUGAUGAAAAAACGACACUUGACGGCAGAACUGUUUCUUGCGAGAGUAGAGCGAGUACUACUGUCAGUCGUACGAAGAAUUCAGCAUCGAUGGGUCACUCGAAAUACAGGUUACGCACGUACAAAUGCCCAGAGGAGGAAAAAUUCCCAAAAAAAGAUACGUCGACCUGGAACGCUUCUUAAGAGAAAAACAAUGUAUUAUUAG